CAGCUCCAGUACCGUCUGAACCAUGCGAGGGGAGAGGUGAUGCGGUGCCGCUCACUGUGUUCGGAGACACUUUAUAAUAAUACAGUUUUCUAUUUUAUGGAUGUAAUGAUAUAAGUGGCAAAUAUGGGAAGUGCUGACAGUAAGUGCAUUGGGGAACGGGGAGGGGAGCAGCCAGUGAGGAAUAAUGGCGUGUACGGUGGUGGAGGAGGAGCCUCGCUGACAAAGGACAAGUUACCUAUGCCAGACACCGAUGAGUUGGAACGCCGCUUCACCAAAGUGCUGGCUUCCAUGGACUUGCCUCCGGAUAAAGCCAAGCUGCUCAAACAGUACGACGACGUCAAGAAAUGGGACAUGAUUUGUGACCAGGAGCGGGUCAGCGCCAAGGACCCCCCCUCGCAUUACCUCAACAAGCUCAAGACUUACCUCGACCCCAAGGCUUCCAGGUCCAGCAGGAAAAGAAAAAUGGUUGGAGAUUCCACAUCGACACAAGUUUUAAGAGAUCUUGAAAUCUCCUUGAGAACCAAUCACAUUGAGUGGGUCCGGGAGUUUCUCAGUGAAGAGAACCAGGGACUCGAUGUGCUGGUGGAUUAUCUCACCUUCAGACUCAUGAUGCUGAGGCAUGAACAGAGGCUGCGAGAGAGCCUUGAGGAGGAGGAGGAUACGAGGAACCUCAAUGGCCAGCUGAAGACAUCGGUGGAGAGGGACUCGCCAAGAAUGAAGAGAGCCUCUCGCCAUGUCCAGAAACUUAACAUGGGUGACUCCAAGGAUGACAUUCAUGUGUGCAUAAUGUGCAUGAGAGCCAUCAUGAAUAACAAAUAUGGGUUCAACUUGGUGUUUGAGCACCGGGAAGCCAUCAGCUGCAUUGCCCUCAGUUUGAACCACAGAAGUUUACGGACGAAGGCUCUGGUAUUAGAGCUGCUGGCUGCAAUCUGCUUAGUGAAGGGAGGACAUGAGAUUAUCCUUCAUGCCUUUGAUAACUUCAAAGACGUGUGCUCAGAGACCCAACGCUUCCAGACUCUCAUGGCAUACUUCAUGAACUAUGAGUGUUUUCAUAUUGAAUUUAUGGUGGCAUGUAUGCAGUUCGUUAACAUUGUGGUGCACAGUGUUGAAGAUAUGAACUUCCGAGUCCACUUGCAAUAUGAAUUCACCCAACUUGGCAUUGAUGAUUUCCUGGAGAAGCUCAGACACCAUGAGAGCGAGGAACUGCAGAUCCAAAUUUCAGCAUACCUUGACAAUGUAUUCGACGUUGCUGCAUUGAUGGAGGACAGUGAGACCAAAACAGCAGCCCUGGAGAGGGUGGCUGAGUUGGAGGAUGAACUGGCUCUUAUGGCAGAGAGGAUGUCUGAGAUGGAAUCAGAGUCUCUGGCCAAGAUGGUGGAGUUGGAGGGCGAACUGGUGGAACUGAGGAAGCAAAAGGAAGAUUUGGAAAACAUGAACUCCCAGGUCCAGGAAGAAGUUUCCACCUUGAGGCGAGAAGUGAGUCAAAAGAGUGAAGAGUCUCGACAAAGACAAUCACUACUUGAAAAACAAAUUCAAGAACUGGAGACACGUGCAAUUUCAUCUCCUGCCCUAGGCCCAGGCAGAGCAGACGAAAGUUCAAUGGGAGCUACUGGAGGUGCUCCUCCCCCUCCUCCCCCUCCACUCCCUGGUGCAACUGUUGUUCCCACUCCGUGUGCUCCUCCCCCACCUCCUCCUCCCUUGCUUGGGUCUGGCCCACCUGCUCCACCCAGACUGCCUUUUGGCAUGGGUAUGGCUCCCAUGGCUCCUCCAGCUCCUGGUGCUUUGGCUGCUCCACCAGACUCCAUGACAAUCAAAAAGAAAGUCAACACAAAAUACAAGUUGCCAACACUGAAUUGGGUUGCCCUCAAGCCUAACCAGGUCCGAGGAACAGUUUUCAAUGAGCUUGAUGAUGAAAAGCUCUUCAGUGUCAUUGAUUUCUUGGAGUUUGAGGAACAGUUUAAGAUUGGACUUGGAGGUGGGGCUGGGAAAGCCAACGGUGAUAUGUCUGAGGUUGACUCCCUUCAUGCGUUUGGCAGUAAACGGAUUAAGAAGAUGGAGUUGACCUCCCUCAUGGAACACACACGCUUAAGAAAUAUUGCCAUCUCCCGGAGAAAACUUGACCUUCCAUUUGAUGUUAUUAAUCGAGCAGUAAACUCCUUAGACUUGAAGACCUUGAACUUAGACAGUGUAGAGCUACUACAAAGAAUGGUGCCCACUGAUGCAGAGAUUAAGGCUUACCGAGAGUAUGAGCGAGAGCGAAAACCAGUAAACCAGAUGACGGAGGAAGACCAGUUUAUGCUUAACCUCAGUAAAGUUGACAGACUGUCGACCAAGCUUCAGAUAAUGAGUUUUAUUGCUAACUUCUUUGACAACAUCCACAUGGUGACCCCACAAAUUCAUGCCAUAAUCACAGCCUCAAGAUCUGUCAAAAACAGUGCCAAAUUGAGGAAACUACUGGAAAUCAUACUUGCCUUUGGUAAUUACAUGAACAGCAGCAAGAGGGGCCCUGCCUAUGGGUUCAAGCUGUCAAGUCUGGACACUCUUUGUGAUACCAAAUCUGCAGACAAGAAGAUCAGCCUGUUGCACUAUAUCCAAGAAACUAUACGUGUGAAAUUUUCAGAUCUCAAUAAUUUUGAUGCAGAACUGAGGUUUAUUGAAAAGGCUGCCCAGGUGUCCCUCGAGAACAUCAUGACUGAUGUGAAUGAGCUAGAGAAGGGAAUGGAGCAAGCCAAGAAGGAGAAUGACCGCCACCGGGACAUGAGAAGCGCAGAGGGCCAAGCGGCCCAUGCUGUGCUCAGGGACUUCCUCAGCAACUCGGAAGACAAGCUUCGCAAGCUGAGAGCAGAAACCAAGACUGCCCAGACUGCCUUUGCAGAGGUGUUGGAGUAUUAUGGGGAAAGCUCAAGGAGCAUGGCCCCCAACACCUUCUUUGCCAUAUUUGCCCGGUUCACCAAAGCUUUUAAGACGGUGGAGCAAGAAAAUGAGCAGCGACGGCGUCUGGAAGCUGCAAGUCGUCAAGCAGCACUCAACCAGCAGAAGGCCCAGCAGCAGCAGCAACAGGAGCAGCAACAAGUGGCGCGGAACAACAAAAUUAAUGUCCGAAAACAACAGGCAUAUGGAGGCGAGGAGGCAAUCAUGAGUGAAAUGAAGGCAAGAGGAGUUGUGGCUGAUAAGCGUUUGCUGUCCCAAGAAGAUGUCUACCAUGGAGCUCUUGAAGAUAUUCUAAUUGGCCUUAAGAAUGAACCUUAUCGCCGGGCUGAUGCAGUAAGGAGGAGUCAACGGAAGAGAAAUGAAAAUGUGAGAUUGUCUAGAACUUUGGACGACAUGGAGUUUUAAUUAGUGUAUCUUACUGUUAAGAUAAACAGUAUGCUGACAGUGCUGCGGCAUUCUGGUGUCCAAAUCAGAUAAAAUAGGACAUUCUUAGUGGCUAGUGAUUUGUCUUUCUGUUUUGAUAUAUGAAGAAGUAAGUGAUAGUUGUAUUUUACAUGUGUGGCAAAGAAAAAUCUUUUCUUAGUUUUUUGUAAAUUUUUAGUUUUCAAAACUUUACUUAUCUAAUCUUAACUAUUUUGUAUGAGUGAAAUGCAAAGUCAUUUCAAACUCAUGAUAUCCUAAAUAAUCAAUCCUCUUGAAUAUCUUUGUUUCCAUCUGUGUCUCAAGGUUGGAUAUGUAGUUCAAACAGCCAACAGUGUUAGAGUCACAUCAUCAUCAGCAACUUAUUAUUCACUUUUCAUUCAUUCAUCAUUAUAUUCCAAUUUUAAGUUUCUUAAAUCAUUUUGUGAUACCUUUGAAUUAUAAGGAAAUCUUCAAGAAACCACAAUAUUUUAUGUCAGGGUUGUUGUUAUUUCUAUUAAUGACCAUCAUCACAAGACCACCAAACAAAAUAACCAGUGACCAGCCUUCCCACUCAGAAAUGCAACUCUAUGUACUACAUCCAUUGCCUAGUUUUACUGCUAUUCAGUUUGAAAGCAGUUUGGUGCAAGUAUGUAUGACUCAUGGGCACUGUUUUAGAAGAUUGCUUACCUUGUAUCCAAAUUUUGAGCUUCCACCUUGCACAUGACAGUCAAUCAAUCAAUGGGAGGAACACUGGGGGAUGAGUCGUCUUGCAGUCCUACCCUACAAAUCCCACAGAGCCUUGUCUUACAAUAACUUAUGCCUUCACAACAGGAAGUGAAAAAUUGUGGCUAACUAAUCCUUUUAAUUUUUUUUUUUUUUUUUUUCACAUUCCUUUAUAUACAUCUUUGUCAACAUAAUAAGAUGCUACUUGACAAUCAGUUUCAAUAAGUUUUCACACAUCUGUUAAAUCUGAAAAUAUCCCAGUAUUCUCUAAAAGUUCAAAUCAAACUUCAAAUUUAUUUAUAAUUGGGGAGGAUCAUGAACAUCAGAAAAGGCAAGCAAUUUUUUUAUUUGUAUUUUACAGGUUAAAAUUUUAAUUGUAAACAUGUAAAUGUAAAGAAAUAUUAAGAUACUUUAUCUAAGUUCUUGAUGAAAGUAAAUACACUCUGAAGUGUUUUAUGUCAUCAUCAUCAUCAUCAUCAUCAUCAUCAUCAUCGUCGUCGUCAUUAUCAUAAUGUUCUCGACAAAGAAAAAUAGCUGAUACAUGGUAAGGAUGAAAAAGAACACUCAUAUCAAAGAGGGAAAGAUUGGCCUUUGAGUGGGCCACACUUACAUGUACACAACCCGCUUUUCAGACACAGACUGAUUAUUAGUACAACACUGUUUAUGUCUCUCAUCAUGGUGUUUUAUGUAUAUGAAUUAUACAAUAACUUUUGUAUCCUUUACAAUUCCCCACUUCCAUCCAUUACUCCAAACAUAUAACUCUUCCUUAUAUCUUUUUACUACAGGUCCCAAAGCCAAAGGACCUUUAGAAUUGUCCUGUGUUAUAUUCAGCUUUUUUGGUACAUUUUGCAAAUAUCUCAAAAUUUUCAUGAAGCAUAAAUACUUAAAUUACAAUUUAUGUAGCCAGUCCAUAAACCUGUAGCAUGUGGCCAGUAAUCUGAGUAAUUUAGAUAAUGUCUUAAUUAAUGUGUUGUGAUGGAUGACCAAGUGGUAACUCAGAUUUUUAACUUUUCUUGCAUUUUUGUUUUAUAUUUUGUUUAUAACUUCAAACUGAGUUGUGAAAAGUUGCCUUAUUUUGAAAUAUAAAUUUUUAUGUGUAUUUUUUUGUGUGUUAAAUUAGUGUUAUAUUUCAUUUCGUAGGGUACAGCUUGCGCGGCUGAUUUCUGCGCCAGAGUCCGCACAUCAAGAUUUGCCAUGCACCUUCAUAUUUGCCUCCCAUACAAUCAUUAACAUGCAAGAGGCAUUAACUGUGUGUCCAGCGGUGAUGUACAUCUUUUUCUCCACUCACUGGUAUGAGGGAAGGAGGGUCUCCCUCCCUCCCCUCCAUCCAGGGGGGUUGACAGUUUGUAUGGCCUUGAACAAUUUAGCCUAAAAUUAGCUUGGUGAUGUCUUCUUAUAGGAAUUCCGCAGCCAAAGGGUUAAAUCAGUUCCCAAAGAAACAACCAGGGAAACCAAAUUUUUUUUUU